GAACAUGACUAACCUGAACAUCCUCAACAACUUUUGAGAACAUCGAUACCCACUCGACUGUCGCCAUUCCAGAUGAGGGGACCGUCGAUGGCCCUUUGGGGAGACUCAGCCCUAUUUGACUCUGGCCAACAUCUCCUCGAUCCACGAUUUCCUCGAGCAGCCACUUUGAUUCCUUCUUCAGCCACCGUCAGCCGUAUCACAUUACUCCGCAUUUCAUUGCCUAAGAAUUGUUUUUUCAUCUUUUUGAUCCCAAAUCACUUUUCCAAAAUGUCGCAAACUCCUCGUAAUGCCAAGUCUAGCCACCCAGAUGGGUCUCAACCUGCCUCUCGUCCCAAUCCUGUGGUUGAUGCUCCUUCCGCCAAUACGAACGCCACCAAUAGAGUCACUCGCGCAAACCGUCAACGAGCCGGUGUGCUUGACCCGGUAGACCUUGACAAUUCAAUGGAUCUUACCGAUGGAUUGACUUUGGGCAUAGCCUCUCGAGAGUCUUUGGUGGUGUUUGAUUUUGGCCAUGACCAUGAUGGACCCGCAGAUGACGCAGUGCCUUCAUCAACUGUUGAAGAAAAACAACUCACACCACCCCAAUUUAGUGAUAUGACCAUCACUUUUGGCUUGUACACGCCUGAAGCAAGCACCGGACCGGUCAAGCCUAACCACAAGCGCAAAUGGGUCCAGCACAAGUUUCCGGUCACCAAACAACAGAUCGACAUCACCAACUCCUCCCUUGCGCAGUUGAAGUCCCACUUGUU